AUAACUAUGACAGGAAAAAUGGCUGCGUCCAUAGUGCACCAGUUGAUUCAAGAUAAAACGAUUCUGAAGUAAAUGCAUCUCGGUGUGAAUCCAUUGUGGAAUAUGAUGUUGACGAGCUGUAAUUUGCACAAACGAUGCUGCAGAAUGUGACAUUUACACAGCAGAUGAUUGACUGCCUAGCCAGCUGCUGUCCGCGGUGUGCCGAGGCUAUGGGCUGGCUGUGUCAGCUGCCGUUUCAAAUGUACUGGUUCAUCAGUGUGAGGAAGUGGGCGAGGGCGGUCCUCCUGCUCGUCCUACUGUUGCUGUACUGUGAGUUCCUGCACUACUUCGUGGUGCUCCUGCAGUGCUCCUGGCCGCAGCUGGCCAACAGUGGUGUGUCCCAACAGCUGGGCCUGGGCAAGGAGCAUAAGCCUCUCAAAGUCAUGGUCAUAGCUGAUCUCCAUCUGCUUGGGUGGAGGGAAGGCCACUGGUUUGACAAAGUUCGCAGAGAAUGGCAAAUGGAGAGAUCUUUCAAGACCAGUGUUCUACUGUACAAUCCAGACGUUGUCUUUGUCUUGGGGGAUCUGUUAGAUGAAGGCCAGUGGUGUUCUGAUUUUGAAUUCAAGUACCACGAAGAACGAUUCAAAAGCAUGUUUUCUGUUUCGUCCAAAACCGACAUGCAUGUUGUCGUGGGCAACCAUGACAUCGGCUUCCAUUACGUGAUGAAUCGACACAAACACCACCGGUUUGAGAGUGCCUUUAAUUCCCCGUCGGUGCGAAUGCUCCGAAUACGAGACAACAUCUUCGUGUUGGUCAACAGUAUGACUCUGGAGGGAGAUGGGUGUUCUCUGUGCAGUGAGGCAGUCGGCAAACUGAGGGGAAUUUCACAACACCUUGAAUGUAUUGAGAAUCCUCUAAAGUCACAGAGUCACUACAACAAGUGCCAUCAUUAUGAACAGUUCAAAUAUACAAAGCCAAUAUUACUUCAGCAUUUUCCUAUGUACCGGCCUUCCGAUGCAGACUGUGAUACUCCGGAUGCAGCGCCACCUGGUGUUAAAAACAUUCCAUUUAAACUGAAAGUUGACUGUCUGUCCAAAGAGGCUUCCAGACAGCUCUUGGACUGGAUAAGUCCACGUUUCAUAAUCAGUGCUCAUACUCACCAUGGGUGUUACCGUGUCCAUGACAACAACAUUCCAGAGUGGACAGUGGCAUCGUACAGUUGGCGGAAUAAAAAUAACCCAACUUUUCUUCUAAUGACUGUAGGUAAUGAAGAUUAUGCAGUAAAACGAUGUUUUUUACCCAGUGAAUUCACAGUCAUAAUGAUGUACAUCAUUGGAGUGUUUACAGUAUUGCUUUUAUUGAUAUUUCCAAGACGAGUCGUCAAGUUUAGCUCCGGCGACAAAGCUCAUUAAUAUAGGACUGGUAUUAUAAUGUUUUGUUUUUAAAAGUGAUUUUAUGGAUUUCAUUAAAAUAUUAAUUCUAGUCUGAUCUGUGAUCUGAAUUUACGAAAGAUGUUUAACUUCCCUAAACAUCUGAUAAUAUUUACAAAUUUUUAAAUAAGUGCAUGUAUUCAGCCAUAUGCACCGAGUAGUCUAAAAUAAAGAUGAUCUCGUUUUGUGAACUUGACUUGUUAUUUAAAUAGUCAUUCAUUGUCAUGGCUAAAACUGGAAUGUGAUAGAAUCGAAGAUUUUAGCAGUAGUGUGUAUUUACACUUUCUUCCUGUAUUGUAUAAGUGUAAUAUUUUAGCAGUAGUGUGUAUUUACACUUUCUUCCUGUAUUGUAUAAGUGUAAUAUUUUAGCAGUAGUGUGUAUUUACACUUUCUUCCUGUAUUGUAUAAGUGUAAUAUUUUAGUUAUUACCCUUUACAAAAUGUAAAACUAUAUUCAGAUGGAAACAUGCUUUCACUAAUUGUUUCCACUGAAGACCAUGUCAGAAUUAUCAAGCAUGUGAUAUCCAUUAGCUGAUGAUUAAUGAAUCAAUGUGCUCUAGUGAUGUCGUUAAACAAAAUAAUCCUUAAUAAUGUGUAAAUGUUUGUACAAAAUAAUAUAUAAUAUUAAUUUAAAGAUGUUUGCUAUUAAGCUCCAUUGUGUUUGGAGUGUCUAAAUAAAUGACAAGACCCAAAAACAUGCCAAUAACUCAAAUGUAUGACAAACUCAGGAAUAUGUUGUUCGAUUGUUGUUGGUGCAACUGUUUUGUUACCAAGUUCUCUGGAAAUCAUAAAUAAAAGAGGAGUGAUUAGUUGCUCCCAGGGCUUCUAGAUUAUGGUAGUCCCACUCCCAUGGCUAGUGAUAUUGAUUGUUGGGCUAGUACAGGGCUUCUAGAUUAUGGUAGUCCCACUCCCAUGGCUAGUGAUAUUCAGUGUUGGGCUAG